AUGGUGGACCGACGGAAUGAUUCACCCCAGCGGACUGGGACACGCAGUCGUGAGCGCCUGGGUACACUGGGCGGCGGGUUUCAUUUUAGAGGGACAAGAGCGUCGAACACGCACCUCAGCGCAGAUGCAGCCCGGAUGCAGAAUGCUCAUCUGGAUCCGGGGCGCAGGGCUGCAGAACAACAACAGGACAUGGCUGCACGAGCUGCUGCCCGUCGAGACCCGGACUACAGGGCUGUGGAGCAGCAGCAGAACAUCACUGCACAAGCUGCUGCCCGUCAAAACCCGGAGUACAGGGCUGCGGAGCAGCAGCGGAAUACCGCUGCACGAGCUGCUGCCCGUCAAGACCCGGAGUACAGGGCUGCGGAGCAGCAGCGGAACACCGCUGCACGAGCUGCUGCCCGUCAAGACCCGGAGUACAGGGCUGCGGAGCAACAGCGCCGCCAUGACCCAGAGCGCAGGGCUGCGGAACAGCGGUCUAACACUGCUGCACGAGCUGCUGCUCGCCAAGACCCGGAGUACAGGGCUGUGGAGCAGCGGCGUAACACCGCUGCACAUGCACAGGCCCAUGCUCGGGUGCAUACCGUACAGCCUCCGCAAGCCAGCUUGCUUGAGCGUUUGCGGGACCUCAUGCGGUUUCCCUCCUUGCACGAGAGCCAGCACCCUCGGCUGCCUGAUUUUCUGGAGGUGAUUCCGGAAGGGCGUGUGCAGGAUUUGCCCGGCGGAGAACUCCCGGUGGAGCGGCAGGUACCAUACGAAAAACACCUGCAUCUUGCUAGCAGCAUGGCUGCCGCGCUGCGUCGGCGCAUGCCUUCGCGGGUGUGUGCUGUCUGCUCAGAACAGUGUUCGGAGGAUCAGUCGGUGCUUCAUGCCUGGUUGGAAAUUCCCAAUGUGGAGAUAUUACGCGCCGACAUAAUGUGCACUGCCGCCGUGCCGCGUCAUGCGCGUACCCUGGCUUGGCGGCGCAUGCCCUGCACCGCCCAAGCCUCUGGUCAGCUUAUAGAGUUCGACGACGCCGGUCGUCCGACCCAGAUCAGCAGCACGGUGGAAAAGUGGCGCCGCGUCAAAGAAGACCCGCACAGCUGCGCGGCACUGCUCAUCGCCACAAAAGAGGUGUUGGUGGAGCAGUUGUUUGGCUUUGCACCUGGAGCAAUGCGGCAGACUGACCCUAACUGCUUCUGUGGGGUCGUAUUCGAGGUAGUCGUCAAGGUUGAACAGAGCGGGCGAUUGGCGCUACACUUGCACGGAGUCGCACACCUCGAGUGCUUCGCACUGGACAACCUUCAGGUGUUAUUCUGUGGACCCAACUGCCGAGCUCUGGCACUUGCAUACGCGCUGUGCGAAAUGUGGUACCCCUCCCCAUACUAUGCUCCGGCACCGGACAGCGGGACACAGCCUCUGGUCAUGGGUAUGUCUGAUGCGGAAGUGCAGCAGCACGGUCUACCCGUGCCAGCAGUGCAGGCGGACUGCCCACCUGCAGCAUACAACUUCGAACGACUGGCGGGGUGUGCAAACGGCGAACUGCCGCCUCCAUCACGACAUGCCGCCUGCCGUGCCCAUCACGCUGCCGUCAUACGCAGUACCCUCACCCACAGCCACAGUUCGACGUGCAAGCGGCAUGGCUGCCGCGGUACCGAUGACAGCUGCGGCAUGGCCUUUCCCCGACUCAUCCGCACAGCCUUUCAAUGGAUCGGUACCACCGGCCUAUUCUUGCUGCCCCGCCUGGCACCCAACCUCGUGCCACACAUGCCUGCCAUUGCCCUCGCCUUCGGCUGCAACCAUCUGAUGUCCCUGGCCUGCGAAGUCGACCGGGAGUACACAGCUGACAUCGCUGCCCAACUAGCGCGUCCUCCCAACGAACGCGGUGACUGCUCCCUCCUACAGCCCGCCAUCGACCGUGCCCGUGACGCCGCGUACUACAGCUCUAAGUACACUGCAAAGACGAUUGAACGCAGCCAGGCGCACCUCACAUGCGCCGCCGUGGGCCGUGUACAGGACUUCAUGAUGGCAGGUCACCGACCCAGCGGCACCGGUGAUGGACCCAGCACGUUCAGCAACCUGUGUACCGUGGUGCACCGCAUGACGGCCACUAUCACGGCUGGCAUGGCACUGGUCGCCUUCAAACUGUCAGGCCACGAUACGUUCCAAGCAACCUACAAACGCAACUACCUACCGAUAGGUGCCUUCACUGCACUGGCGUCCGAAUCCGCCGUAGAACCAGAAGAUGCGGAAACUGGUGUGGAGCUUGUAGAGGCGGACGAGCAUGGCGACUACACCCUCACCAGCAUCGUACAGAACUACACGCAGCGUGGAGUGGAGCUGAGCGGCUUGGACUGCAGUGCCUACAGCAUCGCAUCCAACUUCGAGGUGAAACGUAUAAUGCCCGCGCAGCACCCCCAUGCUGCCAUCCUCAGUGCCCAAGUCCUCCCUGUACCUGGCCGCCGCAAGCGCAAAGCCCCUGGCGCCGCUAUGACCCCUACUACUGACGCACCUCCCGCCCCAUCUGGCACCCAGCCCACCGCCGCUAUGGCGUCCCCUGUGCCAGCUGGCCCAUCUGCAGAACAGCUGCCCACGAGCCCGACGUCGACCAUACCUCCCAAGAAUGUGGCCUUCCAACCAACGCACCCGCUGUAUCUGACACACGUUCUUCAUCGCCUGGCGCAGCCGAGGUACGUUCUGCUGGGCGGUGCGCUGCCCCGCCGCCCGCAAGCAGGCAGCACCACCGCAGCCGCCGUCGCCUACUACGCAUUUGUCUUAGGCAUCUUCAAGGCUCACCGCGGCCAACCGGUGGCUGCCGGUCAGACGGUGAAAGAGGUGUACGAUGCAUGGUGGAUGGACCUGGGAUCCACCGAGGCAGGCCGAUCGUACAGAGCCUGUGUGAGUGUCCUGCUAGACAACAUCGAAGCAGAGCACCUCGCCAGCGCCCGGCGCCAGGCCGACUACAACUUGCGACGCCGCCAGCGCCGCGCCGCUGCUGCAACUGCCGGUCUGGCCCCAGACAACAGUUCCAGCGACCCGGAUGAUGACGACCCGGAAGCUGCACGAGGCCGCCUCGAACCUGACCCCGCCACACAGCCGCCACAAGAUGAUCAGGUCGAACGGUAUGACUUUGUACCAGGCCAAGGCGACCCGACGCUAGGAAUCAACCUGUCCGAUGUCGCCCUGACGGACCUGUAUGACCGCACCACAGUGGAGGGCCUGUACGCAUACGGUGCAGCUCGGCGUUGCCGUGUACUUCCUCUUCCCAAUGCGCUCGGUGCCAACACCAACCCCUUCAUCCGCCGUGUACGCACCACUGACAUCCCGCUGCUGAGCGAGGCUUCCAAGCGCCUGAAGCGCUACCUAGUCGUCUCUGAAGGCACCGCCACCAUGCCGACCACGACGGACCGCACCCCCCAUCUUCGUUUGGAUCGCCGCCCCGGCUACCCACUUGUAGCGGUCAUCAUGACCGACACCCAGCAAACCAACCAUAUCACAGCGGGAAUGCCAACUUACCUACGUCUACCACAGCCACCGAGCAUCGACGACACCAUCGAGCUCUUUACCCUGGCGCCGGAUCAGGCCGUACCAUUCAUGCUCAUGGCACGUUAUUUCGACCGCCGCAACGAACCUGAUCCAGGCGUCCCGCCACAGAUGCUCAUCAUGGGUCCUCCGGGCACGGGCAAGACUCAGUUCGUACACGCUCUACUGUGGUACACGUAUCAGCAUGACAGUCCCGACUGGGCCGCCACAUGUGCAUACUCCUGGGCUGCCGCAAUCGCCUUCAACACCCCAGUACACCGCAGCCUAUCGACCCACUCGAUGUUCGGCAUCUCAGCCAGUCAAAGCGGCUCCCGUGGCGCCAACCUUCCCAAGCGCGGCGCCCACGCCGGCCUUCAGGUCAAGCGCAAUGUCGGUGAUGGGGCUGUCCUCAUCGACGAAAUUGGCAUGCAAAGCCACGAGCACCUCGGCGCCAUCAGCCACUCCUGUACAGCCAACGUGCCGCCUCCACCACACCUUGGACCCGCCCAUCCCAGCAGCCGUGUCUUGUCCGGUCGUGUUGCUGGCGGAAUCGGCGACCUGCUGCAGCAUCCUCAGCCAGGCGGGUCGCCGCCAUACCGCUACGCCACCAACGUUGAACGAAACCCCCAGUUCAGUCCCUCGGCACCGUCAGCACAGUGCCGGCCGGCCUCGGCUGACGAACGUGGAGGUGACCAUGCUGACGGCAGCAACAAUGACAGCAGUGAUGCAGAUGACGACACCGACAACCGUCGCGCCACCACCUCCACACGUCGCACUCGUCGCCCCGUGCCACAAACGCACACCCACCUACACGACGGCUUCAACCUGUACCGUCAGCUCGGCGGCACCGUAUUCAUGCUGCAGAAACAGCAGCGGCAAGACAACAGCCCAUCUGGCCAGCAGCUUACCCGCUUCACAACCAUGUUCGGCGGCAUUCAACCCACUGAAGCACGUGUUGCAGAUCUAGUAGACGCACUCAACCAACGCGUCAUCACGGAUUUGUCCGAUCUCACAGACCUCGAACCCCGUGUCGUGCUGCAACGGAACGAACCCAGGCACGCGCUCAACACACGCCUCCUGAUGCUCCAGGCGCGCCGCANAGGAGCGCGUUUGGUCAGCUGGAACGCGGACCAUGUCCCGCUGCAGCUCAUCGAUCUGUCAACAAUUUGCCUCAAAACAUGCUACAUUAUAGCUCAGAAGCGCUCUAUCCACCCUUACACUUUCUGGUAUUCAUGCCUAGAAGAAGUCCUCCAUCACCGUCAGUUAACACUCCGAGACAAGUCUGUACAGUGACUGUACAGUGCAGCAGCGCUGCUGCUAGCAGUAGCUUCUCCACAAGCGGCUUGUGAGCCUGUAUGCAGCAGCUGCUGCAGCAGAAGCUUCGAAACAGCUCCAAACAGUUUCAUAUUGGGUGCACCCAGCUGCAGCUCAUCCAUCUCUCAAUAAAAUUUGCCUCAAAACAUGCUACAUCAUAGGUCACAUGCACUAUCCACCCUAACACCUUCUGGUAGUCAUGCCUAGUAUUAGUCCUCUAUCGCCGUUAGUUGACACUACAAGACAUUGCUGCAGCAGCAGUCCUCCACAAGCAGCUUGUGAGCCUGUAUGCAGCAAAAAUCAGGCAGGGGCAUACAGUAGCACCUUUGUCAGACCAUCAUGAACUGCAAUGACUGUGAUGUGGAACUU